AUGGGCGCUGUCGAACUCACCUACCAGGAUGUUGCUGAGCACAACACCAAGAAGGACAUCUACAUGGUCAUCCACGACAAGAUCUACGACUGCACCAAGUUCGUCGACGAGCACCCCGGUGGCGAGGAGGUUCUUCUUGACGUCGGUGGUCAGGAUGCCACCGAGGCUUUCGAGGAUGUCGGACACAGCGACGAGGCCCGCGAGACCCUGGACCAAUUGUACCUCGGUGACCUGAAGCGCCAGCCCGGAGACCCAGCUCCCAAGAAGCAGGUUGCCGCCAGCAGCUCAGCUUCCAGCACCGAGAGCCCCGGCUUCGGCAUCGGCCUGUACGCCGUUCUCCUCGUCGGUGGCGUCCUCGCAUACGUCGCCUACAACUACCAGCAGCAGCAACAGCAGCAGUCCGCAUAA